AUGGAAAGAAAUGAUGGGAUCAAACCAAAUCAUUCGUUUAAUCUUCUUCUCCCAAUACAGAAGGAUAUUCUUACUCAGGAGGAUAGAAAUAUUCUUAGAAUUGGUGUUUUCUCUCUCGGAGACGUUCUGUGGGGCGAAUCUGCUGUUCAGAUACAAACAUUUAUUCUGGCACUGAAAGCACUUCUCAGGUACUUUAUGGUGGCACUUAAAGCACUUCUCAGGUACUUCAUUCUGGCACUGAAAGCACUUCUCAGGAAUUGUUAUGGAGUUGGUGUUCUAACUAUACCAAAUACACUGUACCAAGAGGAUGAAAAUAUAAGAUCGAGAAUUGUAGGGUGUGCUGAUUAUGUGAUAGCAUUAAAUAGUUUUGAUUCACAGGAGACUGCUAAUCCAGUUUAUAAGGACUACCAUGGUUUGCUCUCAGUAGAACGAAUAGCAAGCCUAGGUGUUCUCACACCUCCACUUCACUUACUCAAGGAGGACAAUGAGCUAGUCUUCAAGUCCCGACGGAACAAGUUCCAGAUCGAGAAGUUCUACCUGCCCCCUGACCUCACCGAGACCGCUAGCAGGGACAGUAAGGACGUCAAGAUCCAUAAAAAUAUCGAUUUCUAA